AUGGGAACAUAUCAAUUGACUCCGGGAUUCUUGCCUGAGGCGGCUAAUGGCACUGCUGAGAGUCAACCAGCUAUGCAAAAUCCGCUUGUCCAGGUUCUCAACGUGAAGGCUGUUGACAACACAUCUGGCAAACGAUACAGGUUGAUUAUAUCUGAUGGACAACACUACAUGCAAGCCAUGUUGGCAACUCAAUUGAACAGUUUGAUGGACGACGGACAAGUGGGAAAGAAUGCUCUUAUUCGUCUGAAACGUUAUUUAUGCAAUCCUGUACCAAACAAGUCAUCAAAGCUUCUCAUCAUUCUGGAAGUCGAAGUCGUCGCUGGAGGUGAUGGUGUGCAGGAACGUAUUGGAAACCCAGUGGCAUUCUUCCCAGAUCAAAAUGAUGGUCCUCAACAAGCUGGCCCCACCGAUAAUAACUAUCAAGUCCAACCAAGUAUGCCUACUAUGGCACCCCAACAACCUCAACAACAAUCAUACAAUCAGUAUGGUAAUCAACAGUAUGGCCAGCCGCAAUACAAUCAAAACCAAUACUCUAUCAAUCAAACCACCGCAAACCGAGGCACGGCAUCUGCAAGCACAGUCCCUGUCAAUCAACCACCUCGCGCCAUGGGUGAUUCAAAUGUACAAAUCUUUCCUAUCAAGUGGACCAUAAGAGUUCGAUGUAUGGGAAAAAGUGAUGUACGACACUUCAAGAAUCAAAAGGGCGAUGGAAGGUUGUUUUCGGUUACAUUCUAUGAUGAAUCGGGUGAGAUACGAGCCACUGGAUUUGGAGAUGCUGUCAACCAAUUUUAUGACAUGCUGCAAGACAAUUCGACAUAUCUAGUUUCUAAAGGCACCAUCAAAGCAGCAAACAAACAAUUCAACAACACUGACAAUGAUUACGAGAUGACUUUGGAUUCUCACACAAUCAUUUCGGUGUCCACUGAUCCAGCUACUGUCCCUCAACUCAAGAUCAAAGCUCAUCCCUUGAGUGAGCUGCUCGCCGUUGAUGCAAACGCCACUAUCGACGUCUUGGGAGUCGUCAAAGACUGCGGUGAUUUGAAUAGCAUCACCACCAAAGCUGGCAGACCCGCUAACAAGCGAGAUUUGAGCAUUGUCGAUACUGGAGGGUAUCAAGUCCGAGCAACACUCUGGGGCAAACAAGCAGAAACAUUUGAUGGGACAGGUCAUCCAGUCAUCGCCAUCAAAGGUGUCAAAGUUGGAGAUUUCCAAGGACGAUCAUUGUCUGCCUUGGGCUCUUCGACUGUGCUUAUCAACCCUGACAUUCCUGAUGCUCAUAGUCUCAGAGGCUGGUUCGACCGUGAUGGAAUGCAGAUGACGUUUCAAUCUUAUACUAGUGGCAUGUCAGGUGGUGGUCCAGGAUCAAUGCCAAAUGUUACAAAAGUCAUUACCGCGAUCCGAGAUGAAAAUUUGGGCAUGGGCGACAAGCCAGAUUAUAUCAACACAAAGGCUACAAUCACUCAUAUCAAACGAGAGAACAUGUCAUAUCCAGCUUGUCCUACAUGCAACAAAAAGAUGGGUGAAGAUGGUGGUGGAUGGAGGUGUGAGAAAUGUGAUAAGGUGCUUCCUCAGCCUACUCAUCGAUAUCUGCUCAAUAUGACUCUCUCUGAUCAUACAGGUGUUGUAUGGGCAACCGCCUUCAAUACCGAAGCUGAAAUGAUUCUCGGAGUGAAGGCGGAUGACCUGGCUCGAUUCAAAGAAGAGGAUGAAGCCCAGUUCAACUCCAUCAUUGAAGAAUCAAUGUUCAAAACUUUUGAUUGGACCUUGAGGUUGAAACAAGAUACCUUCAAUGAUGAGACCAGGGUACGUAUAACUGCACAAAGUGCCAAACCACUGGAUAAUACAGCUCGAAUCGAAGAACUUCGUCUUUUGAUCGCUGAGUAUGGAAGAAUGUAA